AUGCCGCCAUCACGCAAUGUUUAUACGUUCAUUCCACCAGUGUAUAAGGAACUAGUCAAUCAAAGGCUGAACGAAUUGUUGGAAUCCAAUAUCAUUGAAAGGGUAACUGAGGAAAUGGAUAGAUCGUUUUGUUCCUCACUACUCGUGGUACCGAAAGGGAAAAAUGAUAUCCGAUUAGUCAUUGAUCUCAGGGGUCCUAACCAGUGUAUUUUCCGAACCCCUUUCAAAAUGCCGACGUUGGACAGUAUACUCAUGGAACUGCAUGGAUCUUCGUGGUUUUCAACCAUAGACUUGAAAAGUGCCUUUUUCCACGUUGAAUUAGAAGAAAGUUCUCGGCAUUUAACCAAUUUUUUCGCCGGAGAUUCUUUGUACCGUUACUGCAGGUUACCUUUUGGAUUAUGUAACGCUCCAGAUACUUUCCAGGAAAUCUUGCAGACAAUCGUCUUGGCGGGUUGCAAAGGUGCAUUCAACUAUAUCGAUGACAUUUUAGUCCAUGGUCGCACUUUACAGGAACACGACGAAAAUUUAAAAAUGGUGAUGGCUUGCCUCAAAAAUCACAAUGUGGAAAUUAACCAUGAAAAGUGUGAGAUAGGUAAACAAUCGGUUACAUUUCUGGGAUUUAAGCUAUCAAAAGAAGGAUGGAGCUUAGAAGAGGACAAAAUAAAAUCGAUACAGAACUUUCGUAAACCACAAAAUCAGCAAGAAGUUAAGAGUUUUCUAGGGCUCAUUAAUUUUGUGGAUAAAUUUAUUCCACACAGAGCCAGUAAGACUAGACUUCUCAGAGAAUUAGCAAAUGCAGAGUGCUAUUAUUGGAAUGAUGAGCUGAACGUAGAAUUCGAAUUCUUGAAAAAUUUUGCAUGGAGAGGAAUUAAAAAAUUAGGAUACUACAACAAAGAAGACAAUACAGAACUGUAUGUGGACGCGUCUCCGUAUGGCCUUGGCGGGGUUUUGAUUCAGCUGAAUUCCAAUUCCGUUCCCCGUAUAAUAGCUUGUGCCUCUAAAUCCCUGACCUCUGCAGAAAAGAAAUAUCCGCAUACGCAGAAAGAGGCUUUGGCUAUCGUAUGGGCAGUAGAGCGGUUCUCGCUCUAUCUGCUGGGAAAAUUUUUCAUUGUGAGAUCAGAUGCAGAGGCUAACACAUUCAUAUUUAACAGUCAUCAUCGUAUAGGGAAAAGGGCGGUAACGCGUGCGGAAGGCUGGGCCCUACGUCUACAACCGUAUGAUUUCAAAGUUGAAAAGGUACCUGGGAAUAAAAAUGUUGCUGAUGUCUUAUCCAGAUUGAUAGAUACUGCUUCUUCUGAUGUGAUCGUAGAAUCUUUCGACGAAUCUUUCGACAAACAUUUAUUACAUUUUUUGGACGUGGGGAAAAUGGAAAUAUCAUGGAACGAGAUUGCUGAGGAAUCUCAAAUGGACGUAGAACUAAUAGCAGUUACAUCAGCACUGGAGAGUGGAAACUGGCAAGAGAAUCUUCGCCGAUUUGAAUGUGAGAAAAAGCAUUUACGUGUCUUUGGAGGUAUGGUCUUUAAAGAGGACCGUAUCGUACUGCCGAGUUCAUUGAGAGAAAGGGCUUUGAAAUCUGCUCAUGAAGGGCACACUGGUAUAGCAUCUAUGAAGAAGAUACUCCGAGAGUACUUUUGGUGGCCAUCUAUGAGCGUCGAAGCUGAAAAAUUGGUUAAAAAAUGUGAGACUUGUCUACUAAUCUCCCGUAAAAAUCCGCCAAUACCCCUUACCAGCAGAGAAAUGCCUCAGGGGCCGUGGGAAGUAUUGCAGAUCGAUUUUUUUUCGGCCCCUGGUUUCGGUAGAGGAGAGUUCUUGGUUGUAGUCGAUCUAUAUUCUCGUUUUCUACAUGUUGUAGAGAUGGGCAAUACCGACGCCGAUAGCACAAACCAAGUGUUAAUGAAGAUCUUUGCUCUCUGGGGUUUACCUCUAAUACUGCAGAGCGACAACGGUCCACCGUUCCAGAGCACUAAAUUUAUAUCCGUUUGGGAAGGAAAGGGCGUCAAAGUUCAAAAAUCACUUCCACUUUGUCCUCAAACAAACGGUGCGGUGGAACGCCAGAAUAGUGGAAUAAAAAAUGCACUCACUGCAGCGAAGUUAGAAGGUAUCGACUGGAAGGGAGCCCUAGAAAAGUAUAUCCAUUUGCACAACAAAGUUAGACCGUUAACUCGUUUGGGAGUGACUCCAUUCGAAUUGCUUGUUGGAUGGCGAUUCAGGGGUACUUUUCCAUGCCUCUGGGAUAAGAAAACUUCUUUAGAUCGAGAAAAAGUCAGAGAAAGAGAUGCUUUUACAAAGUUACAGAGUACCAAGUACACAGAUCAACGUAGAGGCGCAAAGGUUUCCGAUAUCACGGUUGGUGACGUCGUUGUUCUUUCUCAACAAAAGAAAUCGAAAACAGAUGCGACAUUUGGUAUGGAAAAAUUCACUGUAAUGGCAAGGGAUAACGCUGAAGUUGUUCUAAGAUCGGAUCGUGGUGUUCAAUUCUCUAGAAAUGUAGGGGAAGUCAAAAGAGCUAUACAAAAUAAUUCGAACGUUGAGGCGUCAUCACAGGAAGAACAGUUCGAAUCAGGUAUUGAAGCAUCUGAAGAAAUAAACGAACCUAUUUCUCCUGACGAAGUACAGGCUAGACCGAGACGUGAACUAAGAAUACCGGGAAAAUAUAAAGACAUGGUUCUUUAUAGCAUAUUUUCAUAG